AUGUCUGCAGCUCCGGAGUCUUCACGAUCAAAGAAGGACGGGAAAGAAGACUCACACCACGACAAAAAUAAUAACCACGAUAAUGAUCGUGAAAAAACCUUAGAAAUGCUUCGUAAACUACAACAACUGGAAGAUAACACUUCUAAGACUAAUACACAGCUGGCGGUCGCGGAUUCUUCAAUGAGGAAAAGCGCAUCUUUUCAGAAUAUAAGAGAGUUGGCUGAGGAUUGUUCCUUCGAUUUGAAGCGAAGAGGCUCAGAUCCACGCUCCAUACCGGACGGCCCCGCUAACUCGAGGAGAACCCCCGGGGGAAGACGGCAGAAGCCAUGGGAACUACGGAGGUCAUCUACUCCUAUUCCGGGGGAACUGGAUGUGAGCUCUGUUCUUUGUAAGGCUCUAGGGAGAUUUUCACCAAAAGUGGGACACACAAGUGUUAAAGAAAAAGAAGAAUUGGAUGACUGA